ACCUUUGUGCUAUUCACCGAAGAUGAAGAAGAAACCCGAGAGAGGACUCAAGGCUUUGGCUUCUGGUUCUCUUGCUAUAACCAGAUUCCAUACUAUAUUGGAUAAAACAGAGAAACGGUUGGAAUUAGAAAUACAAAGAGAAAAUAGGGCUCCACCUCAGACGUUAGUUGGAAAAGCACGAAGAAAGGGGGAGCAUGUUUUACAUAGUAAACAAGUACUCUUCUGUAUCAUUAUCCUGAACGUCAUCGACUGUAUCCUUGUAUUAGGAGAACUCAUUCUGGACAUGUAUUAUGUAAAAGGACUUCUUGAAUCAUCAGAAUCUGUAACAAAUAACUUCAUCAUUGAUAUGAAAGCUCUCCAUCCGAUGGAAUUAGAAGUUGUCGAAAUACCGAAUGUAAAACCACUGUAUUCCAAACUUUUACACGCACAUAUAGAUUGGAGCCAUUCUGAAACAAACAAACUACCAUCAUUAGGUGUAAACUGUAGUCCGGAAUCGACAACGACUUCACAUCAUGUGGUAGAAGCAUCCACUCCUCAUACGAUAGGAAAACGAUCUGCAAAUGUCCAUACUGAUACCCACAUCAAUGGGACCGAUAUUGAACAUGGAAACAUUACAAAAGAGGAUCAUCACGAUGGACAUGAAGGCGAUCAUGCACAUAGUUUUGAAGAGGAAUUAGCGCAUGCGUUUCAUAAAGCCAGUAUUAGUAUUUUAGCAAUUUUAGCUGCUGAGACAAUCUGUAAGAUAUUAGCAUAUGGGACGAGGUUUUUUGAAAGGAAAUUAGAAGUUUUUGACUGUGUAAUAGUCUUCGGGUCUUUGUUUGUUGACGUCUAUUUCUUGAAGGGUAUAAGCGCCUACAAAAUACAAGAGUUUGUCAUUAUCUUGGCAUUCCUGGUGCCAUGGAGGGUCAUUCGAGUAGUAAAUAGUUUGGUUGUUGCUGUAAUUGAUCACGAACACUUCCGGUUGAAACUGCUUUACAAACAGAAAAAGGAAGUAUCACAUGACCUGAAGAAAACUAAGAGCGAAGUGAAAAAUUUACAGCAAUCAUUGGACAUUGUAAGGAAACUGGCCAAUGAAGCUGGUGUCACCGAACAGAAAAUAUCUCAACAUUUAGCUUUCAUCAAUCAGAACCUUGGAAAAUCGAAAAAGAAAGGUAUAGGCUUUGGUCAUAGUUUUCCCUUAUUUCACCAUCACCAUGGCCAUGGCCAACACUCUCCAAAAUCUUCACAUUCAACCCCUGACAUAAAAUUACAUCUGGAUGCAAACAGAAAUGGAAUUCUCAAAGAGGAAGACGGAGUUAUCGAACAUGGAAACAUUGUAUCUAAUGGAAAUAUAACUCUUAAUACAAUAAGCAGUGAAGUUAACGCAGGUUAUGAGUCAGAGAAAGAUGAUGGUGGCUCUUCACACGACAGCGAUGUUGUUAUAAAUGUUCCCAAUGGAGAUGCCACUCACCAUUUAUAAAUAUGUGUAUAAUGUAUUCAAUUGAUUUUGGACCAUUACAAUUAUGUAUAAUAAUUUAUGAUGUAAACAUGCUCUCAUUUACUUCAUUUGAACUCCGGUGGAAAUUUGUCUCAUUGUCAAUCAUACCACAUCCAUUUUUAUCAUAUAUAUACAACAAUAGAUUAAUUCAAGAUUUCUGCUUCUCAGUCGUAUCUAGUCGGGUUAGGAAUCCGACAGGAGAAUAAAAUUGAGAACGGAAAUGGGGAACGUGUCAAAGAGACAACAACCCGACAAAUGAGCAUAAAACAGCCGAAAGUUACCAAUGGGUCUUCAAUGUAGCGAGAAAAUCCCGCACACGGAGGCGUGCUUCAGCUGGCUUCUGAACAAAAAUGUGUACUAGUUCAGUUAUAAUGGGCGUCAUACUAAACUGCGAGAUAUAUGAAUGAACUAAAAUUAAAAAUCAUACAAGACUUACAAAGACCAGAAGCUCCUGACUUGGGAUAGGCGCCGAAAUGC